AUGCCUACAGUUAACAACGAUACGAGCGUUCAAGUUGUAUUACCCACUCCUACUCCUCCCACUAGCUGUACUUCUACUCCCAACAAGUCCUCUAAGAAACAACAAAGCAAGGCUGAUAAGACUAAAACACUUAAAAAGGAAAAAGAAAAGAACAUGGCGAAAAGCAAUGAGCAAAAGCAACAACUUGUGUCUUGUGAGCAAGGCGAAAACGAAGCCUCCAAAGCCUAA